GCGGGACCCGGGGGCGGGCGUGGGCAGAGCCCAGAGGAUCCCCGAACCCCCGCGGGGAGCGACCAAGCCUGCGAUUGGCGCUGUCCUCGUGGCCACCUCGGUCGUGGGCUUCUUUGUGGCGCCCAGAGGAACGCACACCGGGGUGGGGGGAGCAUUGGCUGCGCGUCUGGGACUUGGCGGCGCCAUCGGUCCCGAGAGCAGGGAGCUGCUGCGGUGGAGACAUUAGCUAGAAAUAAGAUGGUUAUGCGAUCCUUUAUUGAGUACUUACUUUGUAUGCCGGGAAGAGCCAGGACAGGCAUGUUAUUUGAUCUUCACAGAGGCCCUAUGGGUAAGACAUAUUGUUAUCGCCAUUUUGCAGAAGAGAAAGCUGAGGCCCAGGGUGAUUAAAUAAGUUACCCAAGGUCACACAGCCGUUAAGUGGUAGAAAUGCUGAAGGCCCCAGCUCUGCCAGAAUGUUGAGAUUGGUUGGGGAAUGAAGACCAUAGCAGAUGGGGAAAAUGAAACCCACAGGAGGGGAGCUGUGGUGUGCUGCAGGUGGGAUGAGGGCACCUGAGAGUCUUGCUCAAGGAGUGUGCUCAGUGCCAGUGUCUCUGGGCCGGACAGCAUCCAUGUGGGCAUCAGCCAGCCUGGGAGGCUUUGGCUGCACACCCUGGGAGGGGGAGAGAGAAAGAUUGUGCCAAUGUCCUCACACUGGGUUAAGGGGCUCUAUCAAGGUGCUGUUUCAAAGGGUGCAGGGUUCUGCCUGGGUCAGAGGAUCUCUUGAACCCACCCUCAAAGAAUGUACAGCAAUGGAGCAUUAGUGUGUGGGGGAGGGAAUUUUGGGCAGACCAUGCAUCAUGGGAAGGUCUCCCAGGCCAGGGUACAGUGUAUAUUUGAUGUGGCCAGAAAGAGGAUGCAUGGGUUGAGGUGGAUGGUAAAGAGAUUAGGGUUGAUUUCACUGGGGUCAUGCAGGGUCUGCUUGCUCCCAUUCAGACCCUUGGCUGUUUGCCACUAAAAGGCCACCUGUAGGCUUCCACUAAGAGAAAGGGAGUCAGAGCUGGAAGGGAUCUCUACAGAUACCUUUCUUCACCCUUCUGCAGUUUUACAACCAAAGAAACCAAGGCCUCUGAGGGUCACAUGGCUAGCCUUAGGAACUGCUAGAAAGUAGCAGACUGGGUACUAGAUCCCCAGCUUCUCUAAACUCACAUCUAAAGUGCCAGCUUUUUUUCCUGAACUUGGAUCAUGGUGUUGUUCAGCCAAGAGGUUAAGGAAACAAAAGCUCGGGACCCAGUGCUUUUGGAGGUGUUUGAGAUCUGAGAAGGGUUCUUCCAGAAGAGCCCUCUUCUCACCUUUCAGAAAGGCAUCCCCUUUGGGGGUGGGAAAGGGUGGAGCUAGCAGUGGAGACCACACUUGGAAGAUGGUGUUUUCCCCACUCCCCUGCAAUAUUGACCUGAAGCUGCCUCUCCCUCAAAGCCUCUUUCCUUCCAUUUACUUGAGCUUGUGGUUUGAUUUUCCAGGGGACUAAUGAGUCUUAAUUGGGACAGCAUCUUAUGGUUCCAAUGCCUGUGAAGAGUUUUAAUGAUUUGUAUGUCACUCAUUCAUUCAACAAAUGUGUGCCAAGGCCUGAAUUUGGGGAUUCAGCAAUUAACAAAUAAGACCUCCCCUGUCAUGGGCUUAUAAUGGGGGAAGCAGACAAUAAACCUCAUCAAUAUGUAAGUAUAGCAUAUGUCUGUGGUGAGGGGUGCUAUAGAGAAAAAUAAUGCAGGGGGGCAGGUAGGAAAGGUGCUUUCUUUGGUUGGGAUUUCAUAGGCUUAGAGAGCCCUGAGUGAAGGAGGCCCUACCACUUCCAUGUCUUUGGCCACCAGAAUUUAUUCUCUGACCCCUUUGCCUUGGAGAAAUAAUAGUGAUGAUGAUGAUGAUGGCUCUAUUUGCCAGAUACCAUGCUAGGGGCUUUUCAUAUCUUAUAUCUAAUCAUUACAAUAACCCUACAGGGUGGCACACAUUCCCCAUUUUGCAGAUGAGGGAACUGAGGCACAGGAUAAUUAAGUAACUCAAGUCACAUGGCCGGGAAGUGACUCAGAGCUGAACUUAGGGCCAUGUGAUCGCCCAAGGGCAGCAGCUCCAAGGUCCUUAGGUUGUAUCUAUGAGGCCCAGGAAAGUACAAGGCCCUCUCCCAUAUCUGGAAAGCAAAUUGAUGGCAGGCCUGUCACCUCAGUGCUUUCCAGCCUUCUCUGACAAGUCACUGGCCACCUGUCCCUGGAUACACCAAUGGGCUAGAUCUGGACAUUCACAUUGGACCAAACAUGUAGGAUGAUGUGGGUUUGGGGGCAAUCAAACCACAGAUUACCUGCCCUGUGAUGACUGUGCAAAGGGCCAGCAAAUAUUUGUACCUUGUGCUAGUGUAUCUAAACCUUUCUGGAGGAGGGACAGGUAUCUAUUAGUCUGAGGAUUUUUGUGUCACUGAUAGAAGCAGAAUCUUAUGGGUUCUUCCUUAUGCCCAGCUUUGGGCCUGCUGUGAGCUGUAGGUGGAUCAGCAAGGGUCAGAUGUGGCCAGGGCCCCAAGGAGCUUGCAGUCCAGCCAAGGACACCAGACAUCCUCACAAGACAAGAGCAGUCAGGAUGACAGCAGUGUGGGGGUCUGGUGAGAGGAGCCCUGGACCACAUCACCAGGCCCGGGUCCUCCUGGCUUGGCCACCACCCCUCUGAGCAGAGUCCACCGCUGCCAAUGGCAGGAGACCAGCAGGGGGAGCUCUGAGGCUCCCUCUAGUCGGAGAUGAUGGUGCAGCAUUGAGGCAAGAGGAGCCCUGAGAGAAGGCAAAUCAGGGUGGGCCCCACAGCUGGGAGGCAACAGCUGGUUAGGAUUGGGGAUGAAGAGAGAUGAGAUGGAGGGACGAGGACAGAGAAGCCGGGUGAUAUGCCUCUGGCCUUGCCCGUGCCUGAUGAAGUAGGUGGCUCAGUAAAUCCUGGCUGCCUUCUUCACUGGACAAAGCCAUAGAAAGGUAGUCAUCAACUCCAGUGGGAAUGAAUUCCAUUCCCUUCCUCAAGAGCUGCUCUUAGGGUCGUGAAAACUGGAUGAUGGGGCACCUCUGGGGGCCAUGACAGGCACACACCUGGCUCCUGUGGAUGGUCUUGCCAUGUUGUCCCAUCUUUAGGGUUUUGCUGAGUCCUGGUUGUGUGGACAUGGGUUGAGUUAGUGAAGAAAAGCAGCUUGUCUGGGGACGUCCCCUAAAAGGGGGGAGAGGCAUCCCUGCCACCAUUUCCACCUGGAAGACCCCCUGUCUGGGACACAUUCAGGGCCAGGGAGGAGCUGUUCACCUCUCCUCUGUAUGCAGUGUGGGGUGCUCUCCCCCUCAUUCCAUAUCCCCUUUUCUGCCCCUAGUGCUUCCUCUGGAAAGGCAGCUCCAUGAAGCUGCCCGUCGGAACAACAUCGGAAGGAUGAAGGAACUGAUCGAGAGGAAAGUCAACAUCAGGGCCAGAAACCACGUUCGUAAAGGGGCUCUUCCAAAUCAGGGUGCCUGGAUAGGAAUAGUGCCUGCAUGAUGACACCUCCACACAGGAGGAACAGUUCCUGGAGCCGGAGGCAGGAGCAUUUGCAUAUGUUACUUGGGGGAGGCUCAGAUUGUCCACUUUGGCUUAAGGUCUCUGAGACCUCUCUGAAGUCAGGGAUUCCUAGCCAGGCUUGGGCAAUUUGAGAACUCACGCGCUCAAUCCCCAUCCCCCACCUGAAAGGCACACACAAGGAACAAAGGUUAGAGUCAGGAGGGCAGGGGGGUUGAAGGUCAGGAAUCAGAGGCUGACAGAUAGGCAGAUAGGGGCAGAGGACUGGAGGGAGAAAGAUGAAAUGAUACCUAUGGUCAGAAAUCCAGGGGUUCAAGACCAUGAAAGGCCAGACCGAGACAGGCUGAGCAUGUGUGAGGAAGCAAUUUAGUUUAGAUCUCUGAGCGCCCACUAUGGGCCCAGGCAGGUCCUGGGGGGGCUCAAAGACCAGACAGGGAGGCAGACCUAGCCCACUGAUCAGACCUCAGGGAAGGCUGCCGAUGGGGUGAUCUAUAGCCCCGCUGGGGGAGGAGACAGAGAAAAGCCAUUCCUUCUGAUGGGGAGCCCUGGGGAUAGUCCUGGGUGCCACUCAGGGUAGCUUUUCCCUACCUUGGGGCUUCUGGCUGCCAGGCUUGUCUUGGGGGAUGUCAGCCUGGGUGGGAGGUCAGUGGAGGCUGAAAGGGUUGGAUGUAGGAUUCCUGCAUGCAGCAGAGGCUGCUCUGUCUGGGGUGACACGACAAGGGUAUGACCUGGGUCUUCAGGGCCUGCCUGCCUGGGGCCCAGUAAGAGUAAAAGGAAUUCCCAGGGAUGUCUGAUGUGCUCAUCCACCUGUUUCCUGGUGGUCCUCACUCACCCCCUGAGAGGUGAGGAGGGCAGGAAGGAUUAGUCCUAUUUAUAGAUCAAGGCAGGCACAGACAGUCAACAAGUCACCUCAGGUCACACAUUUCAUUGAUAAUUGGAGCCUCAGUCUCAGCUCCUGGGCAAACACUUGCAAGGAAGCAUGGACUUGUAGGAUGAUAGGAUGCUAAUGCCAGAUUCAUUCAUUUACUUGUUUGUUUAUUCAUUCAAUCCGUCAGUAUUUCUGAAGGGCUUACUCUGUGCCGACACUGUGCUAGGUGCUGGGGACAGAGCAGAACUUGUGCAGAUGGAGUCCCUGCCCUCUUGGAGUCCGGGUGGGGAGAACAGAUAUUAAACAAUGUGUCUCAUGAACAGUUCUUUCCCACUGUGAUUAAGUUGAGAGCAUGUGGAGGGUCUGAGGGGGCCCCCCUACCUGUAGCAACCAGGGAUUUUUGCAGAAGCCUGAGUGAAGACAGGAAGAGGGGAUAGUGUGGGCAGAAGCCUUGAGGAAGGAAGACCACACAGAAAAUUAGCAUUUCCUUUUGUUGUUCCCUUAUAAGCUAAAAACUGCAGGUCAUGAGCUGGAGGAAGGAGAAUUCCCCCAGUCCUGCUCACAUGUGCUGAGGCCAAAGACCAUGAUGAACUUCCAGGGUAGUCUGACAAAGGGGUGGGGGACCAGGCCCCUUCAGCCCAUUCUGAAAGAAGAAGGGGAUUGACCCAAGUAGUCAGGGGCCCUCAGGGACUAGGACAAUAAUCCUCCGACUGGUGGCUGUCCAGCAGAGGGAGCAGCAGGAACAAAGACAGGCCGUGGGGGAGUAGUUUGGCAUUUCUAAGCCGUGGCAGGCAGGGCCUCACAGGGCCUAGGGUUAGGAGUUUGUCCCAAGAGCAGUGGGAAACUGUGCAGUUUUAGGUGAGAGACGGAUGGGUCUAGUCAUUGUGUUUGACUAUGUUCAUUUCAGCUGCUGUCAUGUGGAGGAGGAGAAAGGGGCCUGAGUGGGGCUGGGGCCCUGCCCUCUUGUCACUAGAGCCAGCAAAGGCCCUUCUACCCUGCAGACCAGCUGAAUUGCAGCUAAGGAAGUGGGAGGGGGUGGGGAGGUGGGCCAGGCAGGCAGCUGGUGCCUCACAGCUCUUCUCUCCCUCCUGGCAGGUGGGCAGGGUAGCCCUGCACUGGGCUGCGGGUGCAGGGCAUGAGCAAGCUGUGCGGCUGCUCCUGGAGCAUGAGGUUGCUGUGGACGAUGAGGAUGCGUUUGGGAUGAACUCGCUUCUCCUGUCUGCCUGGUUCGGCCACUUACAGAUCCUGCAGAUCUUGGUCAACUCUGGGGCCAAGAUCCACUGCAAGAACAAGGACGGCCUGACGUUACUACACUGUGCAGCCCAAAAAGGCCACGUGCCAGUGCUCGCAUUCAUAAUGGAAGACCUGGAGGAUGUGCCCCUGGACCAAGCUGACAAGCUGGGAAGGACAGCGUUUCACAGGGCUGCUGAGCAUGGGCAGCUGGACGCUCUGGACUUCCUUGUGGGCUCUGGCUGCGAGCACAGUGUGAAAGACAAGGAGCCCUUCUGCCUGCAGGAGGGGAACACAGCCCUUCACCUGGCUGCUAGCCGCGGCCACCUGACUGUGUUGCAGCGACUCGUGGACAUCAGGCUGGACCUGGAGGAGCAGAAUGUGGAAGGUCUGACUGCCCUACACGCAGCGGUUGAAGGCAGCCACCCUGACUGUGUGCAGCUGCUCCUUGAGGCUGGGAGCAGCGUGAACGCCCUCACCCAGAAAAAGCAAAGCUGCCUCCACUACGCAGCCCUUGGUGGCUCUGAGGAUGUGGCCCGGGCCCUCAUCCAUGCAGGAGGCCACACCAACAUAGCUGAUCAUCAGGGAGCCUCUCCUAUGCACCUCGCUGUGAGGCACAACUUCCCUGCCUUGGUCCAGCUCCUCAUUGACGCAGGCAGUGACCUGGAUGCCACUGACAAUAGGCAGCAGACGCCCCUCCACCUUGCUGCUGAGCACGCCUGGCAGGACAUAGCAGAGAUGCUCCUCGUCACUGGGGUUAACUUAAACCUGAGAGAUAAGCAAGGGAAAACUGCCCUGGCAGUGGCCGCCCGCAGCAACCACAUCAGCCUGGUGGACAUGAUUAUAAAAGCUGAUCGCCUCUACAAAUGGGAGAAGGAUCACGUGUUGUGCAGGGACCCCAGGGAUCCCUCUGGGAAGAACUUGACCUUUAAGCAGGACCAUCGGCAGGAAAUGCAGCAAUUCCACUCUGUGCUGUGGCGACUGGCUUCCAGGCAUCUGCGGCCUCAAGAGUGGAAGAAGCUUGCGUAUUGCUGGGAGUUCACCGAGGCCCACGUCCAUGCCAUCGAGCAGCAGUGGACAGGCAUCAAGAGCUACCAGGAGCAUGGCCACCGGAUGCUGCUUAUCUGGCUGCAUGGUGUGGCCAUAGCCGGUGAGAAUCCCAACAAAGCACUGUUCGAGGGCCUCGUGGCCAUUGGCAGGAGGGACCUGGCUGAAAGCAUCAGGAAGAAAGCAAAUGCUGACCCGGGUACCCCCAGGAGGUGUACAGCCAUGUAACUGGAGAGGCCAGACCUUCAGGGGCAUGGAGACUCAGAAUGGGGGCCCCUGAACAGAAGAGGACCACCAUUUAAGGGCUUUUAAAAAAUCACU